CAGCAGCAGCAGCAGCAGCGUCUCUCCCCUCCAGCCCUCAGCUUUAUGUCUGUAAGGGUUGCUCAGCACCGGCGGGGAUAUUUUACCGAUGCUCUUCACCUAAUGUGACACUUUUUAUACAACUGCUUGAAACACCGGCUGAAGCAAUGGGAGCCUUUGGGGUGAUAAUAGGGAUUUUACAGUACGCGGGACUUUAUAUUCAACUUAACGCAGCUCUCAACGGCGGACGCGGCGAAGUGGAUAAUCACAUCUCCGGGAAUGCUCUCUUUACAGAGGUGCCACACGACAUCACGACGCAGAGCGGUGAGGAUGUAGAGAUGGCGUGUUCCUUCCGUGGAGCAGGCUCUCCCUCCUACUCCCUGGAGAUCCAGUGGUGGUACAUCAAGGACCACAGAGACUGGCAAGAGAAACCUGCACAGAUCACUAAUAAUGUUGUACCCCUGGAGGAAACUUCCAAAGAUGCCACCAAAAUUAGUGUGGUAAAAGUGGCUGGCAGCAACAUCUCCCACAAGCUCCGUCUCUCCAAUGUCAAGCCAUCAGACGAGGGCACGUACGAGUGUCGUGUCAUUGACUUCAGCGGCACCGUGGCUCAGCGACAUCGUGUUCGCGCCUACCUCCACGUGGAGCCUGAAAGAAGUCAGGGGUCAGAAGACGUCAAGCUGCAGGAGCCAGGGCAGCGGUCACACCCCCACCACCAGACUGAGGGCAGGGAGCUGAAGAAGCGAUCAACUGGCAGCACCACUGACUGUAAUGAGAGCUGUGUGCUUUAGAGUGGGCAGUGUGCCCGUCUGUCUGCAUGUUCAUGACUUAUCUCUAAAGAGGGACUGUCAUCAACACACACACACGUCAUCACAGAGUCAAGGCGUCAGA